GGGGUCUGCUGAGGCUGGCGGCUCAACUCUAAGCCAGCUGAAAUGUGGUGCCACUUUUCUUUGUGUGUCUUUGAUUGAAAGUCUUGUUUUGCUUUUUUUUAUUUUUCCUUUUUUGAAGAAGUUAAAACACAUAACUUUAUUGAUGGACUCAUUAUUUGGACAAAUAAUAAAUAAAUUUUUGUUUUUUUAUGCUCUUCUCUGUGCACCUUGGUGGUAGGUGAAUCUCUAUUCUGGUGCGCUUUUUUGUAAGAUUUGGGUGCUUUAUAGAUCUGCUACAUGCGUUUGUGAUUUUCCAUGUCACAGAUCUUACAUGCCGGGAUGACUUAGGAAAAAAAGCAUUUGCUCAAGGCUGUGUGAGCUAAUUGUUGCAUUCUCUGUACUCUGAGAGGCUUUCAGUAGCCAUAAGGAAGCAACACUGUGUUACUACGCAGAGCUCUUUUUCAGUGGAUUGCAGUAUUCCUUCACCAGAGUUGUUGUUGGGGUUACUUUGUGUUUCCCACCGUGCUGAGCAUGACGGUAGACAACAGGGUCACAUUUUGUCCAUUCUUCUCUGAGAGUGGAUGGCUUCCUGUUGAUACUCUGUCUUAAUAGGAGGUCUAUUCAACAAAGAACAAUAACAUCUGCAUGACAUUUUCAGUAUUCCUUUUUUAGCAUUAGUAUGAAGCAUGUGCUUUGUUUUGUGGCCAAGCUACGUGGCUUGCUGGCAAGCUGAGGAGUAUUAUUACCUGAUUUAAAAUUAAACAAUGAUUCUUUUCCUCCUGGUUCUUGAGGCGGCGUGGGAGAAAAAUUCAAAGCUAGCUUUUAUUCCUCUUUAUAAUCCCUCCUCUGAGGGGAGUUAGAGGUAUUUUUAGCUUGAGUCCUGUAGUAUUUUCAGUUUGUAUGAGUUUUUGCAUGAAUUCAGAACACAGCAGGCAAGACAGCCUUAAUGUAUGAGGUUGAUUCUUCAAGCUUUUACAGACAAAUAUAUAAUCUAUCAGCAGACAAUAUAAAAUGUUUUAGGCCCCUUCCCUCUCAUUUACCAGGUGUUUGUCUAUUUAUGUCCCCAGCUGAUAUGUAGGACAUCAGCAUGACAAUAGAGUAUUGAGAGAGUGUGGAUGAGUCACUGAUUGAGUGAGCCCUUUGGGGGUUACAUACUCACAGGCAAUGUUGACAGACCUGUUGCACUUGAGAAACUUGAGAGACUUUCACUUUAUGUUCCUUUUACUCUGUUGUGCGUACAUACAGCACACACAUCAUAUCCUCUGGUCACAUUACAGUCAUUCUUUUUCUGAUGUUUACUCGUGUCCAAGUAUGCAGUUGAACGAAUUCCAAUUGUGUAAUAAGCGUCUUUCUUCUACAUAUAAGGUAUGAUUUGGUUUUAACCUACUGCAUCAUUAGCUGUCUGACCGCAAGUCUGUGUAAUCUGUCAAUACUUUACAGCUCAGGGUUUAAAAAAAAGGGAAAAACUCAUCCUUAGAAUCAUUUGAUUUAAUUAUUUCUGGUCACAUACAUUAAUAUGAAGAGGGGAUUAAAGUUUCUGGCCAUCUAAGAAUCCUUGAUUAAUGAGCUUAACAAAUGUUGUCAGGCUUAUGCUCAAAGGUCAGUAAAGUGUCUGAAGUGCUAUAAACAUGUGAUGCAACAUAAAACAAGUAAGCUUUUACUCAAGGGUUCAUUGUUUCUGUCCACUUAGACUACUACUGUCCUAAAACAAUGAAUGUUUUGUGUUUCAGGCUAAGCAUUUUAAGCCAGGUAUCGAAAUGUGACAGGUCAUAGAUGUCAGUUUGAAGCAGCAGGGAAGAAGAUGGCAGUCAGGCGUAUAAGGCAGGGCGCGUCACCUCGGAGUAACGUGGGAGGGGACAGGUGUGAGUGAUGUCUAGAUGCUCACGGAAGUCGUCACUCCCUCUUGCAUUCCAGCUCCAGCCUAGAAACAUGCCACACAGCCUUGAGCCACACUAACUGGAUAAAGCUAGAUUUUGUGCAAGACUCUAAUUCCUGGAUUUCUUUAGCAGUGUGGAUAUGGGAGGUAGAGCCGAGGUAGUGGUGAACAGGCUCAUGUCCAGCAUGCCCAACACGCAUUUUUCACGCUCCACACCGAGCCGCUUAAGGCUCCGUCCACAGACUCAAUGGAAGGGCAAGCGCGUGAAGACAUCCUCUCGAAAGAUGAAAGCCAGAGAUCCCAGCCCCACCGAGAUGAGCGUGGAGCCUUGGGCCAGCCCGCAGGACCAGGCAGCCGCUGAACUCUCUCACAGCGAACACACGGACACGCCGCCCUCUCAGGAUCAGGAGCAGCGCCCUGAUAAACUCUGCCUGGACUCGUUCUGGAGUGAGGUUGAGAACAUCCAACAGGGGAGUGGCUACGCAGACGACUGCAGCAGGAGAGAUUCGAAACACUCCGAAGAAGGAGAGCAGGAGGAGCAGUGGUUGGCCGAUGCUGGCUUGUCAACCCUCAUCAGCGAGGACACUGAGACAAUAGACAAAACGGCCCUGCUGUCCACUCUGACCAAGACGCAGGCCGAAGCCGUUAAGCGUCGAAUAGAGACCUACACGCUCCGCAAACGGAACAAACCGCCACCGCGUGACGUUCGCGACAUAUUCAGCUCACAGACCCUCGUGUCCGAGUCUCAGCAUAGUGAAGACCCAGCCCAAAACAGCAUGGCAUCGGUAGCCAAGUCACCUUUAUCAGCUGUGACUCCAGAGCAUCAGCGAGGUACUCCCAAAGAUGAAUACUUCAUCACUGAUGUGGCUUACUGUGAACAGGCCGUCAUCCUCAUCAAACAAGCCAAACUGCCACAGAAUAACAGCCAGCGCAGGAAGGAGGACGGCACCCUGCCUCGGGUCAUCUGCCCCAAGUGCCGUCUAGGAAUGACUCGUAUUCAAGAUCUCUCCCACGCUGACAUGAAGAAGGUGCGUCAGUUGGCUCUCAUCGACAUGACAGCGCUGUGCGACCUCCUAGAGCUGGAGGUCAAAAGGCACAAAACUGGCAAGAGGAAAAACCCAGAGAGCCCGCUCUUUGGAGUCCCGCUGGCCACGCUGCUGGAGAACGAUCAGAAACUGAAGCCCAGCACUUCGAUUCCGCUCUUGCUGCAGGAAUUGUUGUCAUUUCUGGAGAAGAAGGGAAUCGAUUCGGAGGGGAUCCUGCGUGUUCCAGGAUCUCAGUCCAGAAUCAAGCUGCUGCAGCAGAACUUGGAGGCCAACUUCUACUCACGGCAUGUCAGAUGGGAUGAAGUGAGUCCGAACGACGCCGCUGCACUGCUCAAGAAGUUCAUCCGGGAGCUGCCCGCUCCUCUGCUCACUGCGGAGUACCUCAACAACUUUAGCGCCGUCAGGGAAAUCACAGAGCUGAAACAGAAACUCCACAUGCUGAACCUGCUCAUCCUGCUGCUGCCCGAGCCCAACAGAAACACACUAAAGGCUCUGCUGGAGUUCCUCAGUAAGGUGGUCUCCAAGGAAAAGAAGAACAGGAUGAACCUGUGGGCCGUCGCAACCAUCAUGGCUCCCAACCUGUUCCUGCACAAGGCCGUCCCAAGCAGACUAACUGAGGGUGGAGAGAAAGGACAGGCGGAGAAGGCGGCAGAUGUUAUGAGGCUCCUCAUCCGGUACCAGGACCUGCUCUGGAUGAUCCCUAAUUUCCUCAUGAGCCAGGUGCGUAGGCUGAACGAGAACAGUAACCGGCGUUACCAGUUAUACGAUCGUCGCUUCAAGAACCUGCUGAGAAAGAUUCACACGGACAGCAGGGAAAAACCGGAGAAAAACUCAGAGCCACAUCGUACAGUGAAAAUCCAGGUCGGAGAUCUGGAAAGCAGCACGAUGGAUUAUCAGCUUAACUUAAAUUCAAGAGCCUCCGACCUUCUCGCCCAGUUUUACCGCCAGUUCCUCAGAAGCCCUGACAAUGGAAAGGACAAAAUGCGAAGGAACGGCUCGGUGGCGUAUUCGGACUGCGCCCUGUAUGAAGUGGGCGGGAAUAUCGGUGAGCACUGCCUAGAUCCAGACACACACCUUCUGGAUUUGUACAACAGCAAUCCUGGAGGAGAGUGGAUCAUCAAAAGGAGACCCAGUGGCAGCAGGUGGCUGUGAUGGAUGGACUGAACGAAAACUCAGUUUCAGACUAAACAUAAAGGCAUCAAGGUCUUCGGAAGCAUCAAAUCCACGCAGCCGUCACUUCUUCAUAUCCUGUUCAUCCCGUGAGCAACAAGCGAGAGGGAGACAGAUGGAGGAAGCGGGAACGGAUAGAUGGAGAAACUGCCUGGAGCAGAGCCUAAAAACUGUCUGCGAUCACAUGAACACACACUACCCUCUGUCUUUCUCUUCCUGCCUCUCUCCAUCUUCUUCUUUUCCCUUCACUACAUCAUUUCUCUCCUGCGUUGCAACGCUGAGAGCCUAAAGCUGCCGACGCGACUCAUUACUUCCAACAGAGAACCUGCUGCACAGAAAAGAGGAGAGCGACCGGCUGGACAGUUUGCUUCGCCAUCUUUUCUCUCGAGCAAUCGUAUCCAACCAUGAGCGAGCAGAUGGGGAUGCAGAGCACCUCUGGCUAUAGAGAGCUCACCCCCUCUGUCAGGCCAGCGUCUGCCCCACAAAAGUGUUUUUCUAUCAUGACUUAUCAGGGCUUUGUAAAAAGCUCAAACAUGAUACAAGAGUUUUAUGUGCAUAUUUGAAGAAAAAAUAUUAUCUAAUUGCGUGCUAAAAGUCAGCGGAAUACAAGAUUUCAUUUGUAAAUAUUUGCCCGCCUGCAUCUCCAGUGAUUAAGCUAUUAUUACAUCAUCAGUCUCCAGUGUUACCACUGCUCAGUCAUUUUCUUGCACUUACAUACAGACAAGCCUGGAUAUUCAGGUAUUCGGUGAACAUGGACAUGUAGCAGGUCAACUUUCAGUCUUAUUAUGAAAUUCUGGAUUUUCAACUUUUGUCAGAAAAAAAUAGUUGACCAUGAAGUAAUACAUGAGGUGCUCCAUGCCUUGAUUUCUUUGUUCACCCACCAGUGUUACUUUACAAUAAAUCAGGAAAAACACAGCUAGGAAAAACUGAUUUCUUUAUUCUUCUAUCCUGACUUAAGCAGCAAGUUUUCCUAUUUACACAUGCUCUUUACAUCUAGAGCUACUCAUAACCUGUGUAAACAAAUUUGAACAUAAAACCCUUGGAUCAUUAUUUUGAAACCAAAAUAAUGAGAAAACAGCAGCAUGAAAGAAGACACUGGGCACUUAAGCUGCUGGAGCAGAAGCUAACCUGGAAACAGACAGUUGAUCCAGAUCGAUCCAGAUUGAUUCUGCAGCUUUGAUGAGUAAGUAAACAAAGACCGGGGUUUGUCGGUGUCAACUCCUUUCUUCACCUGUGCCAUUCAAUGAGGGAAAGAGACCCUGAUGAACUGAUAUCCCUUUAUCUGUGAAACCCUGCAAUCUCCUGGGCAUUCAAAUUAAAAAAUCCUCGGCCUUCCUGAGCUGCACAGAGCAGCGCUCAAAGAGACUUUUCUCUUGGACACCACGAGAUUUGGUGUUGUGACCUCAAGGACAGUGACUGUACCUCUAAAGGGAGUUGUAAAGGACACACAGUGAAGCUGGUCUUCUCGUCUUUUUUUUUUUUAACACACGAAUGAAGGCGAAAACGAACGAAGUGACUCAUGGGGUGUACUGGGAUUAUUAUUAUUAUUAUUAUUAUUGUUGUUAUUAUUUAUAUGAAUGUAAUACCGUUGUUGCUUCUUAUUCAGUGAGUAUUGUGUAGGAUAGCGAGACUCAGUGUAACAGUAUGAUAUGUUAAGCUGCCCACACUCGGUGUGGGAGCUUGCAGUGUUUGUGUUCAGAAUUGUUCGUACGCUGGCAUUUUUUUAAUGGAUCUCUUUACAUCUGUUAGUAGGAGAAGUUGUAUAAAUAUGGCUCAUUCAUACACACUUUAAGGAUAACUCUCUGCAGUAGGACUGUUUGUUGUGAGGCUACUCAAAGCUUUUUCCAAACGCAGUCGAGCAGCAGAUGAAUGUAUUUACCAUUUUGUACCGAUUGCCAGAUGUGAAUCGUUUGCUCCUCGCAGACGGAGCCAUGUUGGUGCGCCGCGGCCAUUUUGUGGGAAGCGUUUCACACACUCCACUCGAUAGACGGGGUAAUGACAGCCGGCCCGGCACCCGACAUCUAUCAACACCCUCCGCUCCAUCUCUGUCACUUCCCUGUAAUGGACCAUAAUGGCAGCGCAGCGCCAGCAUCAGAAAUGCACACGGAGGAAUCGCAUUUCUUUGAUAAAGCAGAACGUAAUAAAUGGGCGUUAUAAAUUCUGCUGCCCUGGACCUGAUGACAGCAGUGUGUGUGUGUGUGUGUGUGAGUGAGUGUGUGUGCAUGCACGUGUGUGAUCAGCUUCAUUACACAAGUCCAAUUGGCCCGUCCCAGGGUCCCAGGCACAGUUCAGUGCCUCGGCACAAAGCGAGCUGAUGAAACUGCCUUCUGCUGACAAUCAGGAGAACUAGGUCACCUCUGAAGCAGCAUCCCGGAGGGCGAGCACCCUGAGGAGCAGAGCACGUGGACACGCAUUGUCUAAACACACACGCUGAACAACCUCAGCGUAAACGGGCACAGGUUCACACUGCAGCAGCUUUCUAUGAACUGUGUUUGUAUGUGAAUGUAUUUGUAUGUGUGUGUGUGAUAGAGAGAGAGAGAAAGAGAGAGAGGACGUUUCCUCUCUGAAACAGUGUUAUCUGUGUGAUUACCCAGGGACUCUCGCACAACUACAUGAAGGACACAGUUUUUAAUAAAUCUGUGAAAAUACUUCUUUUCUGUAGAAAGAAAAACUUUUGAAAAAUGUUUCCUUUUUUUGUCAAUAAAUGUGAAUCUCA